AUGUCCGCCACAAAGGGAAACUGGCAAUCAGCCGGAACACUCAUCGUCACACCAAAGGGCAACGACGAGCUCUUCGAUACGAAUGAAAUGUCAGACUUCUUCGGCUCCAGCUUCGUAACCAACACCACCAAAUCCGACAGUGCCGUUGAGGUCAAACAAGCGCUUUCCGUCCUCACCAAGAACGCCAACGGGACUACGCUACCCCCCCCCCCCCCGAAAGCCGGCAGCUGCAAGAUCGUGAAGAUCCCAAAGUGCUAUUUGACCUUGCAAGAUGCUCGGGUCAGCGACAACGGGGAGAUGGUGUACAAGUUUCUGGUGGGCGAAGACAAGACUCCGGAUGGCAUGUUGGCGGGCGUGCAGUUGCAGGUCUUCAAGGGUACUGGUCAAGCGAUGCCUGGUUCGGGUGCAGGUGGUGCAAACACGUUCUUCUUUCAGAUCAAGUAG